AGAAAUUCAGAUAUUUAAAACUACCAAUCAUACAACAUUGGAACCAUUUAAGAACCACUUAUUCUUCCAUCAUCAAUCUUUGUACACCAAAACAAACCAUGUCUUGUUCUUCCUUCAAAUUCAACACUUUCCAAUUUUGUAUCAUCAUAUUCAUUUUACAUGUCUUUGCUGCAACACCCAUUUUGUCUGAUAAUUCUUCAUUCAACAACUUUCUAGACAUUGCCAAGAGUCCUGAGGUUUUUUAUUGGAUGGUCAGUAUCAGAAGGAAGCUUCAUGAGAAUCCUGAACUGGGUUAUCAAGAAUUUGAGACAAGUAAACUGAUAAGAUCAGAAUUGGAUAAAAUGGGUAUACCUUAUAAACAUCCAGUUGCAAUUACUGGUGUCAUUGGUUUCAUAGGAACUGGUUUCUCUCCUUUUGUUGCUAUAAGAGCUGUUAUGGAUGCUCUUCCCAUGCAGGAAAUGGUGGAGUGGGAGCAUAAGAGUAAAGUAGAUGGAAAAAUGCAUGCUUGUGGACAUGAUGCUCAUGUUGCCAUGCUACUUGCUGCUGCAAAGAUUCUCAAACACCAUGAAAAAGAGAUACAAGGAACAGUUGUUCUUGUUUUCCAACCAGCAGAGGAAGGAAGUGGAGGAUCUAAGAAAAUUGUUGAAUCUGGAGUAUUAGAAAAUGUUACUGCUAUCUUUGGAUUGCACGUUGUUCCGGAAUUGCCAAUAGGUGAAGUGGCCUCUAGGUCUGGUCCGUUAUUGGCAGGCAGUGGCCGCUUUGAAGCAAAAAUAAGUGGAAAGGUAGGUCAUGCAGCUAUUCCUCAAAUGUCUAUAGAUCCCAUAUUGACAGCUUCCAAUGUGGUUAUUAGCUUACAACACCUUGUUUCUCGUGAAGCCGAUCCUUUAGAUACACAGGUUGUGACAGUUGCAAAGUUCCAAGGAGGUAGUGCAUUCAAUGUCAUUCCAGAUUAUGUCACAAUCGGUGGCACCUACCGAGAUUUUUCUAAACAAAGUUUCAACCAUCUGAGACAGCGGAUUGAACAGAUUAUUGUCGGACAAGCUGCUGUGCAUAGAUGCAACGCAACUGUGGAUUUCCUUGAUGAAGUGAAACCUAGCUAUCCUCCAACUAUAAACGACGGUGACUUGCAUGAGCAUUUUGUGAAUGUUGCAGUGAAUAUGCUUGGUGUCAGUAAAGUUAAUAGUGCCGUGACACCAUACAUUGCAGCUGAAGAUUUUGCAUUCUAUCAAGAGAUCAUGCCUGGCUACUUCUUCAUGGUUGGAGUGAAGAAUGCCAAACAUAAGCCGUCCGAGUCAUUUUUACACUCACCUUAUCUCCAAAUCAAUGAAGAUGGAUUUCCUUAUGGAGCUGCACUUCAUGCAUCAUUAGCUGCUAGUUAUCUUCAAAAACAUCAGCAAAAUAGGCCUGGUGCUGCUGACAGCAAAUAUCAUGAUGAAAUAUAAAUGUUUGUUAAGUGUUAGUUCAUUACAUCUCGAAUUAAAGAUGAUUACUUACUGUUUUUGUUUCGUAAGUUCGAAGCAUUCAUUUUGAAUGAAAAUAUCUAUGUAAAAAAAAUUUGAAUUGAAAUUUAAAAAAAUAGGAGGAGAAAAGAAUUGGAUGAA